AUGCUCAGGGCUACCCUAGGAAGAGCAUCAGUUAGUCAAUGGCGCUGCAUACACAACUCCUCGAUCAAAUAUGCUGCAUCGGUGUUUAAAAUGCCCGCAAUGUCGCCAACGAUGACAGAGGGUGGUAUAGUCUCGUGGAAGGUUAAGCCAGGCGAUACAUUCAACGCGGGAGAUGUCAUUUUGGAAGUGGAAACAGACAAGGCAAAUAUAGAUGUCGAGGCUGCUGACGAUGGGAAGAUGUGGGAAAUAUUGGAAAACGAGGGUGCCAAAGGUGUACCUGUUGGCAAGGCAAUUGCUUUCCUUGCUGAGCCCGACGAUGAUUUGAAUUCAUUGCAGAAACCGCCAAUUGAAGAGCCAAAGAACACCGAAAAGGAAAAAGAGAAAACAACAGCAGCAACGUCACCCGAGCCCAAACCUGAAUCUGAGUCAAAACCUCCACCGCCCAAGAAACAAGAAGCAAAACCAAGUGCAGCUUCAUCUGAGGCGAGUAUAUUUGCAGCAGCGGAUCCAAAGCAAAAACUCUCUCCUGCUGUUGAGCUUCUCUUGGAGGAAAACCACAUCUCCAAAGACGAAGCAAUUUCUAAAAUCAAAGCUUCGGGACCAAAUGGCCGGAUUUUGAAGGGAGACGUGUUGGCAUAUCUUGGCAAGAUCAACUCCACUAGCAUUGAGGAGGUGACCAAAUUUAUAAAGUCAAGAGAACAUUUAGACUUGUCCAAGAUUGUCCUUGCAUCGAAGGAGGAAGCCAAAGCUAAUGCUAAAGCUGAAGCUGAAGCUGAACCAACAAAGGCCUCCGCCUCCACCGCCAAACCAAAGCCAACAAAUAUACUCAAUGUCGAAAUAACCUCGAUUUUGGCAGAAGAUGUGCCAAAAGCUAAAUUCAAAUAUGCAUUUGAAAACGCGAUAGCGUCCGCUAUACAGCACACCUAUGCUGAAAAAUUCCCACAAUACUCGACAUCGCCCACUGCGUCGUCGAUAUACGAUAAAUACGAUCUCUUUGAAGAGUUGGUUUCUGCACCAGUGACAAAGAAUAGAUUUGAAGUUUACGACGUCGACUUUAAAUUCUACCAGCCAACACCGGCAAGGCCAAUUACCAUCUCAGACUUUGACGAGAUAUUAGGCUUGCCUCAACCUGUCCAAAAUAUAGAAACGGGUUCUUCCAACGUGGGCGUGACGUUCAAAAUCAAAUUCGAUGAAAGAAUACCAGAUUCAAAACAGUUUGUGGAAACUUUUGAAAAUUCUUUGCUUUCACAGAUACCAGCUAACAAGAUGAAGAUCACCAAUUGA